UCCUCUGAUCUGUGUUACAGGGUGCCGACCAACAUGUCCACACAGGCGCCGACGUUCACUCAGCCUCUUCAGAGCGUCGUGGCACUAGAGGGUAGUGCCGCGACGUUCGAGGCUCAAGUUAGUGGUUCUCCAGUUCCUGAGGUGAGCUGGUUUCGUGAUGGCCAGGUUCUUUCCACCGCCGCUCUGCCCGGCGUUCAGAUCUCGUUCAGCGAUGGCCGCGCUGUUCUGAGGAUCCCCGUUGUGACCGCCGCACACAGCGGACGCUUUUCUGUCAGAGCCACCAACGGUGCUGGACAAGCCACAAGCACAGCUGAACUCCUCGUUACAGGUGAGACAGGGACAGGGUCCAUGGAUGGAAGCAAAGCAUUCUGGAUAAAAGUUCUGGUUCUCCUCCUGACUGAACUCUUCUCCAGCAGCUGUGGUGAUGAUGAGUCGUCCUCCCAUCAUGCCCUGCAGCCUGACCAAUCACAGGCCCCGCCCUGCGUGAUGUCAGCGGGGUAUAAAGAGCGCGGCUGCCGGUCRGCCCCCCUGAGCAGGGUCAGCGUUCCCGGCCGGAGGAACCGCUCUGCUCUUCUGGACUUUCUGACCCGGGUUCUGGACACAGACCUUCAGCUUCCUGCAGACCGCCCAGCUUUGGGCCCCCAGGCACCCUUGUGCAGACAAGUUGUGGAGCUGUUUCGGCUGUUUGUGGCUGAAGAUGAUGCAGACCUCCCAGAAUAG